AUGGAGCUCGAGCGGAUCGUUGAGUUUGUCAUUGGCAAAGACCGAAGGCGGUUCCAAAUUCACGCGGCAUUAGCCGGCCUUUUCCCGAAAGAGAUACUCCAGCCUCCCCUGAACCACGAAAUCGAUGAGAUCAUUGUGCACGAAGGUGUAGAAGUUCCGAACACAGACCCUGCUGUUAGUUACGCGGACGUCUUUCUGAGCCACGCCCAAGUUUAUCGCCUUGGCCACAGAACGGACUGGGUUUCAUUGUGUGCUCUGUCGCUCUAUCGGCUUACUCGUUCACUAGCCAGCUUUACCCUUUUUGAAGAACGAACUGGAGACAUUAUCAGAUUGCUGAGUUUUGUAUUCGAGGAGAGCGAAGAUAUGAAGAAUAUGCAAGACAUGCUACUAGAUUAUGCGGCGUGGAACAUUGAAAUCCUUUUGUGGGAUGCCGACUUUCCGCAACUACUUGAGAGAAUUCCAUUACUGGAAAAUACCAUUUUCCGCUCAAUGUGGAGGUAA